GACAACCCAUGAUGCCAAAUAGUAUGGAUCCCACGCGGCAAGGUGAAGCUGGAGACUUUGUAGCAUGGCAAGGCCCCCCUGGAAUGGGUCCGAUGAAUCCUAGAAUGAAUCCACCUCGCGGGCCCGGAAUGGGUCCCAUGGGCGCCGGCACGUACGGACCGGGAAUGCGCGGUCCACCACCGAACAGCAGCCUUGGCCCCGGCGGUAUGCCCCCGAUGGGAAUGGCCGGCGGACGGCCCCAGUGGCAACCCAACACGUCAUCGCCCAUGAACUAUUCAUCCUCGUCACCCGGAAACUACGGUGGUCCACCGGGACCAAGUGGACCGCCCGGUCCCGGAACGCCCAUCAUGCCAUCACCUCAAGAUUCAUCCAACUCCGGCGGCGAGAACAUGUACACACCAAUGAAGCCCGAAUUCCCCAUGGUCGGCGGCUCGGACGGUAGUGGCCCGAUGGGUGGACCCAUGGGGCCCAACUCGAUGGGCGGCCCGGUACUUAACAACGACGGCCUGGACGGUAUGAAGAACAGCCCGGCGAACGGGCCCGGAACGCCCCGGGAGGACUCCGGCAGCGGUAUGGGCGACUACAACCUCGGUGGCUUCGGUGGACCCGGAGAAAAUGUAAGUUCGAAUCGUUUUGAACGUCUGUGGGACCUUUGCGGGUCCUCCAUAGCCCUCUCAACUGAACCCGUUAAAAUGUGGUCAUAG